ACGUGUCAAACAUACCUGCCUGUCUUCUUCGGUUUGAUUUUUUUUUUUUUCAUUCCAUUCCAACUUCGUCGAUUUACGCUUUCUUCCGCCGACCAGCGACAUCUCCGACCGCCGCUACUUCGCCGCCAAUUUCUUCACCGUACAUCUUUCGCCGGCGUAAGAUACGUGAGAGUUAUCCGGAGAAAUACCUCCGGUAGUCUAUUGAUCUGAUCUCGUCUACCAAUUCAGAAUUUUCUUACAAUAGAUCUGCGUUCUCUCAGCUUUGAUUCGAUUGUUCCCCAUCCCGUCUUCGGUUCGUUGUUCGAGUUAGGAACAAAAUGGUAUAUCACUCGAGUUUUGUUGAUGAAGAAGGGAUAACAAAGGCAUGUGGUUGUCCUUUGCUUCCUCUCAAGAGCCAUAUAAAGGGUCCUGCUCCUGUUUCAGAACAAGACAGAACGGAUAUAGUGGACGAGGCAAUCACGUUCUUUCGUGCUAAUGUCUUCUUCACAAACUUUGAUAUCAAAAGUCCUGCUGAUAAGCUGCUCAUUUACUUGACGUUCUACAUAAAUGUGGCGUUAAAGAGGCUCGAAGGGUGUAGAACAUUGGCCGUAGGAACUAAGGCGAUUAUCAACUUGGGUUUAGAAGAUAUCCCUGUUCCUGGAGAAACUGGCUUUCCUUUUCCUGGUCUAUUUUCUCUUCCUCCAUCCCAGGAAGAAGCAGAUCUUUUUAGGAACUACCUGAAGCAAGUUCGAGAGGAGACGAGUGGGAGGCUACUGAGCGUGGCGUAUAGAGCUAAUGGGACACCUAACAAAUGGUGGCUUGCAUUCGCCAAGAGGAAGUUCAUGAACGUGGUUGUCCUGUAAUCAACAGAUCAUUAACAGAUUUAUCAUUGCGUAUUUAAAUGCCACUGGAGAUCAUGAGCAUCGCUGCCUUUAGCUUCCUCGGCGUAGGUGUUUAGCCAUUGGAACCAGAAAGACGAAAAUACGAUCUGAGAUCAGAAAGCUUUCUUUCUGUCUCUGUCGCUCUCUACAUAUGUAUAAACAUCGAGUCAUUUGAGUGUGACAGUGUAUUAUUGCAGACAACUCCUACUUGUUAAUACAAAGAUCAAAGUUAAUAAAAAAAAAAUCUUUUGUGAUUACUUUAGAUCAACAGAA